CUGCACCCAUUUUAAUCUGACCACUUUGUGUAUGCAAUCAUUAGGUUCUAUGAGGAGAAAUAAUUCAUAUCUAGGAUUAACAACUGUCAUUCCUUUAAAUAUCUGCUUUCACCGGUGGUUGAAUGAUAAGACUUUCUUGUUCCUCUGUUGUUUCCUGUUUGAUAUUGCCAGCAACUUCUCAGUCAACGUGUCAGUGUGAUUAAUCCUAUUUGUUAAGGGCAGCAUUUUGCAGAGAAAAUGCAGGACGUAUCUGAUAAAAUUUAUGUGAAUUAUAAAGAUUCUUUCUCUUUAAGUGGAGGUGACGGCAACGGAAAGAAGGGAGACCCAGGCUCCACUCCUCAACAUAGAAACCCAGUCUCCUCUCCUCAUCCUGGGGCAACAGUCUCUCUCCCCAGACGGAUCAAGGUCCUGAUGGUUGUUCUCAGUCUCUCCGUGCUCUUUCUUCUCUGUGCUCUGGGUGCUACGUGGAGCCUCUACGCCAGUAAGAGCAACCAGUUUGAUUCAGUGAAGGCAAUUCACAGUAACCUCUCAGCAAGCCUACAGAAUUUCAAAUAUUGUAAACCCUGUCCUGAGGGCUGGGUGUCUCAUGGAGGGAAAUGCUACUUCUUCUCCACUGAUGAAGUGAACUGGACUCAGAGUCGGGAUCACUGUGUCUCUAUGGGAGGUCACCUGGUCAUCAUCAACAGCCAAGAGGAACAGACUUUUUUGUAUUCAAGCACUAAGAACAAAACACACUGGAUCGGACUGAACGACUUGGAGACUGAAGGACGGUGGCUCUGGGUGGACAACAAACCUCUGAGUCAAACUGGAGUGCAAUUCUGGUUUAUUUGGCCAAAUGGGGUAAAGAAGGAGCCUGAUAACUGGACCAAAUAUGACCCAGAGGGGGAGGAUUGUGCUGCUCUGGGGAAUGAUGUUGUUGGUACCUAUGUGUGGUUUGAUGCCUCUUGUAAACAAUUGAAGAGAUUUGUCUGCGAGACAGAUAAAGGCUUAGUCUUCAACCGUGAAUGAAACUGCAUAUUUUUGUCUGAAUUAAACAACAAAUCAUGGAGUUUUCUACAACAAAUCAGUGACACUGCGCAGUGACACUGAGGGAGCAGUUAAAGUACAGUUCACCCUGUACAUCCCAUAACAUACAAUACACUGUAUAAUGACAAUGUUAAGUUCAUUUAAUUAAAGCAAUGUGGGG